CGAAUGACCUUCAAAUACGGAAAGCAUUUCCUUCUCUCUCUCUUUCCUUUCGUCUGAAACGAGCAGAAAUCUUUGGGUAGAGAAGAAGCGAGAAAAGUUGUCGAUGCUCCAAGAAACCCUCUAUUUUUCCUACUCAAAAUGAUAGUAUGGUUCAAACAGUUGCUGGCUGCGUUCGGUUUUUGGUUCCUAUGGAUGAUCUGCUUGGUUUACUUCAUUCAGGGUUUCAGGUCAUUUGUGUGGACUGCAGUUUCUUAUCAAAUGAAAGACAUGCUUAACUUGUCACCGUCAGCCUCUCAGCUUGUGUUUUCUGUAGCAUUUUUUCCAUGGAGUAUAAAACCCCUUUAUGGAAUAUUGUCAGAUUGUAUUCCUAUAAGAGGGAGGAAAAGGAUACCAUACUUAAUCAUCUCUACCAUACUAUCUUUCUUCCCAUGGCUAAUACUUGGGCUAAAAUCUUCUAUGAGGAGUUCCAGUGGACCACUCAUGAUCUUUUUAACAGUGCAAAACCUAGGUUCGGCCAUGGCAGAUGUUGUGGUUGAUGCAAUGAUUGCUGAAGCUGUACGGUCUGAGCGGGCAUCAUUUGCUGGAGACCUCCAGUCAAUGUCUUGGUUGGCAAUGGCCUUUGGAGGAAUAUGCGGGAGUUUGUUAGGAGGAUUCGCAUUGACCAACUUACAAAUAGAGACAAUUUUUCUUCUUUUCUCUGUACUCCCAACCAUACAGUUAUUAUCGUGUGGUUUGGUUGAAGAGGAUUCCAUAGGUAUCAAAGUUUUGCCAGAGCUUGGUGGCUUAGGAAGCUCUCAUAGACAGGAUAGUAAUGGUAGCAUCUCAGACUCUGACAUUUCAUCAAUCAAAAAGUCCAGGUCAAGUACUACAAGGAGAAAAAAGAGCCGUAACAGCAAAAUGCAAAAAUUCAUCACAACUAGAUCUGAGACUCUGCAAAAGGAUAGUUCCUUGGCUGCUCAGUGGUUCCAGUCUCUAAAAUCAGCUAUCUAUAGUUUGUGUCAUGCAUUUAAGCAACCCAUCAUCCUGAGACCAAUGACUUGGUUUUUCUUAGCACAUGUUACUGUUCCAAACCUCUCGACGGUCAUGUUCUAUUAUCAGACUGAAUUUUUACACUUGGAUGCAUCCUUUCUGGGUACUUCACGUGUUGUUGGAUGGUUAGGCCUCAUGGUUGGAACCUUCAUUUUCAAUCGCUUCUUGAAGGGCAUGAAAUUAAGAAGACUUCUCAUGUCGGCCCAUGUUGGUCUUGCUAUUUUGAGUCUCCUUGAUAUCGCUCUCGUGUCUCGGUUGAAUGUUUCAUUCGGCCUAUCAGAUAAACUUACAGUUAUGUGUGGGUCUGCUCUUGCCGAUGCAGUCAAUCAAUUUAAGUUUAUGCCAUUCCUAAUAAUCUCUGGACAGCUUUGCCCGCCAGGUAUUGAGGGGACCCUUUUUGCACUCUUCAUGUCCAUAAAUAACCUGGGGACCACAUUGGGAUCAUUUUUAGGUGCUGGUUUGGCCUCUAUGCUGAACAUCUCUUCAAGUUCUUUUGACAACCUUCUAUUAGGAAUUUUUGUUCAAGUGAUCUGCAUCUUCAUCCCGAUUGGUUUCUUGUUCUUGAUACCAAAAGACGCCACAGGGAUAACAGCUUAGCCAAUGAUGUUUUGGAUUUUUUCUGGAGAUGAAGUUUCUCAUAUACAGCGGAGAUUGACAGUGACAGCUAUGUAGCCUCAGAAGUCUUAACUUCUCUUUUGAAGUAAUUUUUGUUAGUUGUUAACUAAUAUAAUUGGCCAAAAUUUUUCUGAGAUUGUUUUUCAUAUACAGUGGAGGAGGUUGAACAGUUACAGCUAUGUAGCCUCAGAAGUCUAACUUCAAUUUUGAAGUAAUUUUUGUUAGUUGUUAACUAAUAUAAUUGGCUAAAAUGCUUAUGUGAUUGUUUCUACUGGUGUGAUUUUCCUCGGCA